AACACUGUGGUACCAGCCAACCACACUUUUCACAAUGGAUUUUCACGACUCAGACUGCAGAUGCCGCUUGAUAGGACACCGGCGUCAGUCGUAUUGGAGCGCCCAGCCCUGCGGUUGCAGUUCUCAGCGUUCCCGGGCCCAGGACAGCAUGGCAAGGCCUAGAUAUUUCAGGGGUCUGGGGAUUUGCAUUGCUGCGGCUCUGGCGUCCUUCCUAGCUGGCUUUUCUAUGGGCUGGUUUAUUAAGCCUCUCAAAGAAACAACUACUUCAGCUCAUUACCAUCAAAGUAUGCAGUGGAAACUCUUAUCUGAAAUGAAAGCUGAAAACAUUAGAUCAUUUCUUCGUUCCUUUACAAAAUUUCCACAUCUGGCAGGAACAGAACAAAAUUUACUGCUUGCCAAGAAAAUCCAAACACAGUGGAAGAAAUUUGGAUUAGAUUCAGCCAAUUUGGUUCAUUAUGAUGUUCUCUUAUCUUACCCAAAUGGGACGAAUGCAAACUAUGUAUCAAUUGUUGAUGAACAUGGAGUUGAGAUUUUUAAAACAUCAUACCUUGAACCACCACCAGAUGGAUAUGAGAAUGUGACAAACAUCGUACCACCAUAUAAUGCAUUUUCAGCCAAUGGGGUGCCAGAGGGAGAGCUUGUAUAUGUCAACUAUGCUCGCACUGAAGACUUCUUCAAACUAGAAAGAGAGAUGAGCAUCAACUGCACUGGGAAGAUUGUUAUUGCGAGAUAUGGGAAGAUCUUUCGAGGAAACAAAGUUAAAAAUGCCAUGCUGGCCGGUGCCAUGGGAAUCAUCCUGUACUCUGAUCCCGCUGACUACUUUGCCCCCGAGGUACAGCCAUAUCCCAAAGGAUGGAACCUUCCUGGAGCUGCAGCACAGAGAGGAAACGUCUUAAACCUGAAUGGGGCAGGUGACCCACUCACUCCAGGCUAUCCAGCUAAAGAAUACACCUUCAGACUUCGUGUUGAAGAAGGAAUAGGGAUCCCGAACAUACCUGUACACCCAAUUGGAUAUAAUGAUGCAGAGAUACUAUUGCGAAACUUGGGAGGAACUGCUUCACCAGAUGAAAGCUGGAAGGGAGCCCUAAAUGUUAGUUACCAUAUCGGGCCUGGCUUUACAGGAAGUGACCAGUCCAGAAAAGUUAGAAUGCAUGUAAACAACAUUAACAAAGUCACAAGAAUUUACAAUGUAAUUGGAACUAUCAAAGGGUCUUUGGAACCUGAUAGGUAUGUCAUUCUGGGAGGUCAUCGUGACUCCUGGGUGUUUGGAGGGAUUGACCCUACUACUGGGACUGCAGUUUUGCAAGAGAUUGCCCAAAGCUUUGGAAAACUGGUGAAUCGAGGCUGGAGACCCAGGAGAACUAUCAUUUUUGCCAGCUGGGAUGCAGAAGAGUUUGGGCUGCUGGGCUCAACUGAAUGGGCUGAAGAGAAUGCAAAGAUCCUACAGGAAAGAAGCAUUGCUUACAUCAACUCAGAUUCAUCUAUAGAAGGCAACUACACUCUACGAGUUGACUGUACUCCUCUUCUUUACCAGUUGGUGUAUAAAGUGGCAAGAGAGAUCUCCAGCCCUGAUGAUGGUUUUGAAAGUAAAUCACUUUAUGAAAGCUGGCUGGCAAAAGACCCUUCACCUGAAAAUAAAGACUAUCCUCGAAUCAAUAAACUGGGAUCUGGAAGUGAUUUUGAGGCUUAUUUUCAAAGGCUUGGAAUUGCUUCAGGCAGAACUCGCUACACUAAGAACAAGAAAACAGAUAAAUACAGUAGCUAUCCUGUAUACCAUACCAUCUAUGAGACAUUUGAAUUAGUAGAGAACUUUUAUGACCCCACAUUUAAAAAACAGCUUUCUGUGGCUCAGUUACGAGGAGCAUUGGUGUAUGAGCUUGCAGACUCUGUUAUCAUUCCUUUCAACAUUCAAGACUAUGCAAAAGCCUUGAAAACGUAUGCAGCAAGUAUCUUCAAUUUAUCUAAGAAACAUGAACAGCAACUGAGAAACCAUGGAGUGUCAUUUGAUUCCUUAUUUUCUGCUGUGACAAACUUUUCAGAGGCUGCUUCAGACUUUCAUAGAAGACUCACACAAGUUGAUCUUACUAAUCCUAUUGCAGUGAGAAUUAUGAAUGACCAACUGAUGCUUUUGGAAAGAGCAUUCAUAGAUCCUCUUGGUUUACCUGGGAGGCAGUUCUACAGGCAUAUCAUCUUUGCUCCAAGUAGCCACAACAAAUAUGCUGGAGAAUCUUUCCCUGGGAUUUAUGAUGCCAUGUUUGACAUUGAAAAUAGAGCAGACCCUCACUUGGCCUGGGCAGAAGUGAAGAAGCAUAUUUCUAUUGCAGCUUUCAUGAUUCAAGCAGCCGCAGGGACACUGAGAGAUGUGUUAUGAAGUUUCAUCACUGACAGUGCUGCAGAGUGUUAGAGCAUGAAACUGCUGGAGGGAGGUCUCGCCCAAAUACACUCAAAUAGACUCACCGCUGAAGGUACUGCUGAAAGUCUAAAGACAAGAUACAUCUUUUUCUCUGAUGAUUCACAAAGCCAGGAUCAUCCAAAACCAGGUUUCAUGUCCCGUUUCGUACUUCCACCUGAUUUACCUGUAUGCUUUGUGGUUUUUUUUUUAACUCUUGCAUGAAUAUUCAGUGAAAGUGAAACUGGAAGCAACCCACAUGUUCAUGGGCAGAUAAUCGAAUUCACUGUGGUGCACACACGGUGCGAUACUGCUGAAAAUAAAAGAACUGCUAACCAACCAGCAUUAUUGGCAGAGCCUGCUGAGUAAUAAGUUGGGCAUUAAUGAGUCCAUACAGUCCAACUAAUUGACAGUACUAUCUAUCUUUUUUAAGGGGAAGGAUUCUGGGAUCAAUGUUAUUUUCCAUACCUCCAGCUCAGCGUUAGUUACAAAGCUGUAUUCAUUUACCAAAUCUCAUCAAGCUGUUGCUUAAAUGUCUAUAUUUUGUUGAAAAUGAUGCUGAAAUAUAUUUGAUAAUGAAGGGGAAGUCCUACAAAAAAAUAGAAAUCGGGGAAACAAGCAGAAAUGGCACACCAUCCCUUGUAAGAGAUCAAGGAAAACAAAGUACCAAUGGUGCUUUGGUAACUUCAGCUCUGCUGAAUAAACACGUACGUCUAACAAAUGAGGAAAUAGUCACCCCAGCUCUCCAUCUAAUUUCUUUAAGUUCAACAGCAUUACAAGGCUUUAGGCAGAACCUUGGGAUUGCAGGUAAACACCUUUGAAGUUUCAUUCAGUAAAAAGGAGGCAAACUUGGCUCAAUGUUAGGACUUUUGCCUUAUUUGUUCAAGAACCAAGUUUUUCCCUCAGUACUACACACACAUACAUGAAUACGUACAUAUAUAUACAGGCACACGUGCACUCACACAUCAAGUAAGUUUGGUUGUUUAGCUACUUCAUCAAGUUGAAAUAAAAAAUUAGAACAGUCUCCUCCCAUAGCCUCAGGGAGCAUCAAGGGAGAGUGUGUGUGCAUAGAACACACAAGCCGGAAGAUGGGAAGGAAUGCUAUGAAAUGAUCUUCUGGACAUUACUGUUGCACACAUGAAUGCACAGCUGUGGGUUAUCUACACAAGAUCAAGCACAGGAGUUCAUAACUGUUAGGGGAGGGACUCAUGAGGUCCAUUCUGUAAAGGAAGAGCUAUUGGCAGUUAAUGACUAGGAGAGGGGAAGCCAGUUUUUCAGGCUAUAGCCACUGGUAAGUUGCCCAUGGUCUAGUCAUUGGACCCACAACCGCUUGCAUGAACACAAACCUAAUUAAAUUCAGUGUAUUAAAAAAAAUGACGUGAAAGUAGUAGAAGGUGUUGGGAAGUUAGGUUCUGGAGGGAAUGGGAGAAUGAUAAGGGAAUUGGUGGGGAAUACGUUCAAAAUAUUUUAUGUACAUGCAUGAAAUUAUCAAGGAAUAAAAAUAUUUUCAAAUAUUGCCGGGUGGUGGUGGCGCACACCUUUAAUCCCAGCACUCGGGAGGCAGAGGCAGGCGGAUCUCUGUGAGUUCGAGGCUGUGCUGGACUGACAGCCUCCAAAACAACACAGAGAAACCUUGUCUCGUAAAAACCAAAAAAAAAUAUUUUCAAAUAUUAACCUUAUAUAAGCACACUGGCUAAAAUAAUAAGCAACAGUUCAGCUUGAUCAGAAGGAAAGAUGAUCUUCGCUCUUGGCCAACAAGACAGUCUAAUGAGUGGAUGUUAGACAAACACAACCCUUGCGGAGCCAGCCCCUCAUGUCACAGUCUGGUUGAAGUCCUGAAGAAUUAUUUUCAACAACACACUUAAAAUUUGCUGUGAAGUUUUCCUGCAUGGAUAUUUUUAUACAGAUAUUUUAAUUAAGCAUGUUACAAUGGUAAUGAGCCAUGUAUAAAUUUAGGCUAAUAAAUGACUUUUGAGUUUAAA